AUGAAAAAGAAGAGCAUAACAAAAAGUAGCAACUCAAAGACGAAAGGAACAGAUCGAAGCAAGAGAACUGUGUAAGUUGAUCGUGUUAAGACCCAAAACCUAUGCGAUUAAUUAGUGAAUUAUCCAGAGCCAAGAAAAAGUCGGAAACUCAACCAUCGGGAGAGAAAAAGGGAAAAUCAACAAGACCAAACAAUAAUACGAAUAGUAUUGAGAAGAAUCGAAGUUCGGACGAAAAGGAGAAGAAAAAACCGAUUUCGACUGAAAAAAAGAGAGAAUCAAUGACGAAUCAUAAGAAGGAUUCGGAAAAUGAGGGAGGUAUGAAGAAGAAGGGUGGAAGUGUUGAGAAAGUUGAAGAGCCACCGAAAGAGGAGGCGAAACCGAAGGAGAAAGAGAAGGAGAAAGAGAAGGAGAAUGUUGGGAAGAAAAAGGAGAAGCCGGAGAAGUUGAAGACUGAGGAAAAGACAAUGAAUGAUAAUUCGAAUAUUGAUACAUUGCCAAAGGAUACACCAGCGAAACCAGCAAAAAUGGAUGAUGGUUAUGAAGAUUUUGGGCCAGGUGCUUAG